AUGCCAGACACCGAAGAACCCCCCAUCUUCACCAAAUACCCCUCCCUCCGCAAGAUGGCGGGCCUGGAGGAGUCGGAGAUCGUUGAGUCCCAUGACGGGCGCGAGAUCACCCUCCUCAAGCACAUCUACGCCCAUCCCGAGCUGAACACCAAACUGAGGGGCUCUCCGGCCGCCAUUCUGGCGGUGAUGGACGAGUUCGCCGCCCAGGAGGACUUUCUAAUCAACAUUGGUCCGGACAAAGCGGGCAAGCUGGCCGUCUUGGUGCGGGAGCACCGACCCAGGGUGGUGGUGGAGUUGGGGGGAUAUGUUGGGUACUCUGCCAUCCUAUUUGGGAGCAUCCUGAAGGAAAUCUGGACGCAGAACCCGGACAACGCGGAGAUUGAGGCGGGCGAGGAUAACGGGGAGCACCAGCCCCCCAGGCUCUACAGCAUCGAGAUCGACCCCCUGGUCGCCUCCGUCGCCAUGAACCUCGUCAGCCUCGCCGGCCUGCAGGACCUAGUCGAGGUCGUCGUCGGCGCCUCGGCCCACACCCUGCGGCGGUUUCAUGAGCAAGGAACCCUCGGCGACCGGGGCAUUGACCUGCUGUUCAUGGACCACGAUGAGGCACUCUACGCGGCAGAUGUUCAGGUGGCCGAGGAAUUGGGGCUGUUGAAGACGGACGGCGCGCUGGUCAUCGCCGACAAUGUGAUGCGCCCCGGGGCGCCGGCCUAUCGCGAUUACAUGCGCAAGAACCCGCGCCUCCGCCAGAGUUGGGGCUUGCCGGGAUUGAUUGUGCCCGGGGAUCUCGCGGACGAGAUGGAGAUCAGCGUCGUGGGUCGAAAGGUGCCGAGGGGGAAGAAUUCGAGCCGCGCAAUGGAGAAGGUAGAGGAGGAGAACGGGGUGGACGAGCAGAAGCAGCCCGACCGCAAGAGGAAGAAGGUUGCUAACUGA